AUUAUGGGGGAUUUUCAUUUACCACCUCCCCUUACUUUUGGAUUAUAUUUGCUGAAAAACUAGAAGGCAAUAUUGGUUUCAAGUGCUUAUGCGCAAAAACUUUCAACACAAAAAUAAGAAGUAAGCUGAAGAGAAUGUAUCGAAAUUAUUGUUAAAUUUAGUCCUUUAACCAUUUUUUAAGCGCUAUUUAAAGGAAAAACUGAUAGUUUGAAAUUAAGUAUAUCACCUUUUAUUUUAUUUCUAUACAUAUGGUCAAAUAUUUAUAC